UUCAAAUUAACGUAAAGUUUUGCUCACAAUGACUCUGAUAUUUGCCCUCCCAGUGAUGCUGAUCGUGGGCAUGGUUUCUGGCUAUAACUACUGCAACAACAAGACCCAUGUGUGCGAACUGGGCCGAAGGAGGCACUUCAUGUGCCAACUAGACGAACUUACGCCCUUCGGCAACCACACAAAGUUCCACGCCAUUAUUCCGGACACUCAUAAAGUAAUAUUGGAGACUCUGGGCGUAAUAAACACCUUCCGGAACGUGUUCGCGGGCGGCGAAUUAACCACCAAAGAAAACAAGACGUUCAGCAGUGCCAAGCGGAUGAGGAGGUUGAACUGGGACGAUGAACUGGCCUACAUGGCACGCACCCACGCCUCCACUGUAUCAUUCAAGCACUCUGAGUGCCGUGCCACCGUGAGAUUUCCGAUGGCGGGUGAGUGCUUGGGUCUUUUGGCUCCUUCAAAGAAAAAGAUCGGUCUCCUGGAAUUAUUAAACAAGUUAUUUUCCCCGAUGUUCGACGAAUAUAAGGAUGUCCCGGAUCCGGAUGGACUUCUCCAAAGUUUCGAUUCUCAAAGGGACUAUAACGUGGGACACUUCUCUCUCUUCGUCAGUGACCGAGUCUCUCAUAUUGGUUGUGGUAUUGCCGUUGGGUCCAACUGUAACUUGAACGGUAAAGCGGGAUUCUGCCACUUCCUGACCUGCCAUUUCGACUACAGCAACGUGGAUGGCUCCUAUGUCUAUAAGGCUGGGGCACCUGUAAGUGGCUGCUCGGACUGGAAUACUGUUGGCAGUAACAAGUAUAAUAAUCUGUGCGCGAAUACCGGUGAACUCUUUCCUCCGGACCGAGGUGACGAAAAGGCAGAAGCCCCAUUGAGGCUUUCGUAAAAUUAGUCAUUUGUUAUGAUUGGCACUGCAGUCGUCUUCGGGCAUCCUAUGUCCCCAUCCUUCCUAAACAUCAAUCAAAUAUAUGUACAAGAAUUUUAAAUCAGUACAAAGUUCUUUUUUUCUUACUUCAAAACUAAUC